AUGGAAUGUUCCAGAACUACAACUGAAUCCUGCAUUCAGUGGGGCUCCAUAAAUGGUGGAGAAAUCGAGUUCGAGUCUCUGACGGAGAAUACUUUGGAGGGAGCAUUGGAAGUAAUAAGGAAAAGCUUUUUCCCCAACGAGAGCAUCUGCAAAGGCAUAGAUCUGUUAUCGGAUCCUUGUAGCGUCAAAGCGCUCGAGGAGGUGUGUUUGGCAGUUACUAGAGACGGUGUCAGCCUUGUCGCAAUCGAAGUCAAGACUCAGAAAGUUGUUGGUGUCGUUCUCAAUAAAAUUAAGAAAAUAAAAAGAGAUGAAAUUGACCCGCGGUGGUUGUGGGGGCAACCACCGUACGAUCGACUUCCCCCGAUCAUCAGGCAUCCUCCUGAAAUGACUUGGCUUGAGAGAUUCAGAGAAGAUUGUGAACAUCACACGGCCAAUGCCUACCUAGAUUUGAUGAUUGCUAUAAACGACCAGAUAAAUUUAUUCGAAUAUUAUGAUGUUGAUUGUAUUAUGGAGUGUAUGUUCCUGGCUACGCUGCCGGAGAUGCAGCAGCAAAAUAUUGGCGAGAGCUUAGUGUGCUUGUCCGUGGACGUUGCCAAUGCGCUGGGUAGUGGAGAAGAUGUGAAAGUACCAUUAGCCGAUACUGGAGGUGAUAGUAUAAUCCGUCAUUACCUGGGCGUACCGAAUUCCAGAACUAAAACUCAAUCCUGCAUUGAGUGGGGCUCCAUAGAAGGUGGAGAAAUCGAGUUCGAGUCUCUGACGGAGGAUACUUUGGAGGGAGCAUUAGAAGUAAUAAGGAAAAGCUUUUUCCCCAACGAGAGCAUCUGCAAAGCCGUAAAUCUGAUAUCGGCGCCUUGUAGCGUCAGAGCGCUCGAGGAGCUCUGUGUGGAAAUUGCUAAAGACGGUGUCAGCAUUGUUGCAGUCGACGUCAUGACUGAGCAAGUUGUUGGUGUUGUUCUCAAUAAAAUUAAGAUAUUGAGAGAUCAUCCGAUGCCGAGAGAUCCUGUAACUAACCCGCGACGUCCGUGUGGGCGCCCACCGUAUCGUCGACAUCGCCCGGUCCUCUGGCGACCUUGCCAAAAGAGUUGGCUUGAAAGAUUCAAUGAUAAUUGCGUACAUCACCGGGCCAGGGGCUACGUAGAUUUUCUGAUUGCUAUACACAGCAAGAUAAAUUUAUUCAAAUAUUAUAAUGUUGAUUGUAUUAUGGAGUGUAUGUUCCUGGCUACGCUGCCGGAGAUGCAGCAGCGAAAAAUUGGCGAGGGCUUAGUGUCCGUGUCCGUGGAGGUUGCCAAUGCGCUGAAUAAUGGACAGCAAGUGAAAGUACCGAUAUCUGACACUGGAAUUAAUAGCAUAAUCCAUAACUUUCUGAGCAUACCGAAGUUAGUGACUGGAAUCAUGACUUCCAACUACGCGCAGAUCAUCGCGAGGAGGUGCCGCUUUAAGGUCUUGGAAAGGAUUAAUUACAGGGGCUUUCGUUAUAAUGACGUAUCGUUCCGCAAGAGAAUAGGGAAGGAGCAUCGUGACUUUACUGUUGUAGCCAAGAAAAUAAAGAACUAAUCGACGGUUCAGAAGAUAUCGCAAUGUCAAGAAAAUUAUAUUUUAUUUAGUAUUUGCUUGUAUUUAACAGGAUUACUAUAAUUUCGACCGAAAUUGUCAAUUAUUAUCUUCGAAAUUAUCAUCUUUGAAAUUAUUAAUUCUGAAAUUAUCAUUUUCGAAAUUGUUAUCUUCAAAAUUGUUAUCUUCGACAUUGUUAUCUUCGACAUUGAUAUCUCCGAAAUCAUUAUCUUCGAAAUUACUAUCUUCGAAAUUAUUACCUUCGAAAUUAUCCCACAAAUUAUAUUCUAGAAAUUAUUAUUUUUGAAAUUGUUAUCCCAGAAAUUACUAUCUUUGUAAUUGUUAUUCUAGAAAGUGUUGUCUCCGAAAUUGUAGUCUUUGGAAAUAUAAUUCUCGAAAUUAUUAUCUUUGAAAUUAUUAUCCUUGAAAUGAUUGUCAUUAAAAUUAUCAUCGAAAUGAUUGAUAUAACACCAAUUGGCCAAAAUAUAUUCGCUAUGCAAUCUCGUCGAUGUAACACUUAUCAAUGAAAAGUGUAGAAACAAAA